AACAGCCGCUCUGCCUCGCCCAGUCUCGCGAUAUUUCAGGAGGACUUCUCGUUUGCCGGCCGUCCUCGCGGCUCUCUCAGAAGGGCAAGAAGAGACAGAACUACUAACAGUCCCGCACUUCUCCCUUCGAACAUGCUGUCCAGGCUCGUUUUGGUGUCAGCCAAUGCCCUGAAAGGCAGCGGCCCCAUUGGAGCCGGCGUGGUCCAUGCGUCCCGCUCCCUGCACACAUCCUCCCAGAGCCUGGCCCCCGUCCCCCCCCUGCCAGAGAAGGGGGGCAAAGUCCGCCAUGGCAUCAUCCCAGACGAGCUUUUCCAGAUCCUCUAUCCCAAAACUGGAGUCACAGGACCCUACAUGCUGGGCACUGGCCUCCUCGUCUACUUGCUCUCCAAGGAGAUCUACGUCAUCAACCACGAGACCUUUGCCGCCGCCUCCAUCGGCGCCGUCAUUAUCUACGCUGUCAAGAAAUUCGGCCCAAGCGUGGCGGCGUUCGCCGACAAGCUGAACGAAGAAAAGGUGGCCAAGGCUCAGGAGGUGAAGGACGUGGCCAUGACCAGCCUGGCUCAGGCCAUCGAGGAUGAGAAGAAGGAGCAGUGGAGAGCAGAGGGAAGGCCGCUGCUUUUCGACGCCAAGAGGAACAACGUGGCCAUGCUGCUGGAGAUCAACUACAGGGAGAGGCUACACAUGGUGACCAACGAGGUGAAGAGACGCCUGGACUACCAGAUCGCCCUGCAGGACCUGCACCGCCGCAUGGAACAGGAGCACAUGGUCAACUGGGUGGAGAAGAGCGUCAUCGGCAGCAUCACUCCUCAGCAGGAGAAGGAGAGCAUCGCUAAAUGCAUCACAGACCUGAAGGCGCUGUCGAAGACGGCUCAGGCCUCGGCCGCCGUCUGAAGCGUUCCUUAGCCGGAGAGGAAACUCCUCCAAACCUUCAGCUCAACGUCCUGAGACGAGACGCCGCUUUUCCUUUCCAGAAUAAACUAUUCCCUCUUGACCGUCUCUGUGGAGAGUUUGGUUGUGUACAGUCUUUACACGUCAGCAGAUGCUAAAAUAAAUACGUCUCUUAUUCAACUCUGA